AUGUUUUUGUGCAACAACAUGUUACAAGGAAAUAUUCCCGAACCACUUUUCAACCUUGUAAACCUUACAAAUCUGUGUCUAUCUUCAAACAACUUGAGUGGUCUUGUCAAUUUUAAACUCAUUUCAAAGUUCCAAAAUCUUGAAAGCCUUUCCCUUUCUCGAAAUAGUCAAUUAUCACUCAACUUUGAAUCUGAUUCUGAGACGGCCAAUUACAGUUUCCCGAGCUUAAGAGUAUUGCCCAAAUCAUUUGGAGAAGUAUUUCCAAGUUUGGUUUAUGUUGAUCUAUCCAAUAACAAACUGAGUGGAAGAGUUCCGAAUUGGUUACCAGAAAUGAGUUUAUUACAAUCUUUGAACCUCUCCCAGAACAUGUUCACAUCAAUAGACCAAUUCUCAAUGCACUACUGGCUGAGAUCCCUUGAUCUUAGUUUCAACUCACUAGGUGGUGAGAUGUCUUUAUCAAUUUGCAACACAGCGGUACUUCAAAUUCUCAACUUGUCCCGCAACAAAUUUACAGGUAUGAUCCCACAAUGCAUUGCAAACUUACCAUUCCUUCAAGUGUUGGAUGUAGAGAUGAACAAACUGCAUGGUUCUGUGCCAAAUACCUUUUCCAGAAUGACUUUCAGUACUCUCAAUCUUAAUGGCAACCAAUUACAAGGUCCUUUGCCGAAAUCUUUGUCCAACUGCACGUACCUGGAAGUUUUAAAUCUCGGCAACAACAAAAUAGAGGACACAUUUCCCUAUUGGCUUCAAACAUUGCCAAAUUUGAAAGUACUGGUUUUGCGAGCCAAUAAGUUGCAUGGUCCCAUUACCAAGUUAAGAUCAAGAACAAUCCAUUUCCCAGUUUAA